GUCUUACUGAACGCUAGCCAGCCGCUACCGAGCAUCGGCUCAAAAAGCUAGUGCAUCCGGUUAUAACGGCGCGCGCGCAGCUCUCGGGAUCCCUGCGAUACUGCGCGAAUAGCAGCGAGCAUCGCUUCGUCGCCGCCGAACGCAUUUUGCGAUGCUGCGUACUCUAGCCAGCCGCUGCGGCACCGCGAGUCGUCGGUUCCUAGCGUCACGCGUCGUCAACGUCGGUUCGGUCGAAGCCUACGACAAGUUGUCGACGACCGGUGAUUUGCUGGUGACGAAUUUCACGGCGAGCUGGUGCGGCCCGUGCCAGGUCCGUGGCUCGGCGCAGAAAUGAACUUGAACCUGAUCUGGUGGAGGCGAUGGCGUCUUCAUGAGACCGACGCCGUCGACGUGGCCGUCAGAGAGUCUACGCGCGUCGCGCGAGGGAGCCACGGCGGUUUCGCGACGGCGUCCGUUCUGCGCAGGCCGCCGCGCCCGUCUUCGACAAGAUGUCGGAGGACCACGACGACGUCAUCUUCUGCAAGGUCGAUAUUGAUGAUGAGGACCUCGGCGACCUGGUGGCCGCGGCGCAGGUCCGGGCCGUGCCGACGUACACCUUCACGAAGAGCGGCGAGACGGUCGCGGACAACGUGCAGGGCGCGGACAUGGAGGCGAUCCGCGACGUGCUCGCUAGUCAGUAACAGUAUGUAUAAACAAUCAAGG